GCCAGAUUUAUUACCAUAUUUAGAACAAUAAUUAAUUUAAGUCCAUAAAUCUCUCCCUCCUCUUAAUUUAAUUUUGCUUCAACAACCCCAAAAUAUAAUUUUCCAUAAAAGAGUCAAAUUUGAAAAAAACAGCAAUUACUACAAGUCGUCCCUUCUGUUAUUUUUUACUAACUUUCUACUUAAUGCAUUAAAGAAACGCAUAUUUCUUUUCAAACCUCCAUAUCUUUUAUGCAUACAAAUAGCUCAGAGUCAGAAACCCCUACCACCAACAAUAUAUACCAUUCUUUGUCUCAGCCGGAAAACCAAGAACCCAUCAACAAAAUGCCAAAGAAACUCCAAAAAGCCCUUCAACUAUACCUUUCUAAAAUAAAAAAUCCUAACCCUUCUAAAAGCUGGGUGUUAUCAGGCUGCAAAUACCCUAAAACCCCUUCUAGUCGUUACCAUAGUCAAGAAAAUCAACAAAACAGCAGUAGCAGAGAUGGCGCUGCUACGCUCUCCGAUGUUGAUCGCUUUCUUAUAGAGAAUUUUAAGUCUCUUUAUGUGAAAAACGACGAUGAAUUUGGUUCUCGUCGUAAAGUUGAUGAAGACGGAGAGUAUGAUCAGUGUUAUUACGAUCAAAGCCCUAAGGUUAUAUAUGACUCUCCCAAAACAAACUUUGAGUUACCACCUGACCUCGUUGGGUCCCACCGAUUUUUUGUAACGGCUGGAUCAUCCAGCUCGCUUAUCGAGGAAGCACGGUCAAGUCUUACCACCACUGCCACUGCCACCACCACCACCACCACCUCUUCGGAAGAAGAGCGACCAAGUUCUUCUAAUUCUAUAGCAAGUAAUAAUACACUAAAUCUUAAUGAUUCUGCUAGAAAUUCUAAAGGAAACGAGAACGGCGUAGAGCUCCCUGACGACUGUAUCGCCGUUAUACAGUAUUCUGCAAGUCCUGCUGAUGAUUUCCGGCGGUCGAUGCAAGAAAUGGCAGAAUCAAGAAUUGAACGAGAAGGAAAAAUGGAUUGGGAUUUCAUGCAAGAACUUUUGUAUUGUUAUUUGGAUUUAAAUGAGCAGAAGUCUCAUAAGUUUAUAUUAAACGCUUUUGUGGAUCUUGUUGUCAGUUUGCGACAACGUUCGGAUGAAGCUCCGGCGAAGUCACGGAGGAGUUCUCGAAGUGCAAGAGAGAGGAGAAGGAGAUUGAGGAAUGUUACGUAAGGUUUUGGCUAUGGAUAUGGGUUUAAUUUAAUUUUCUUUAAAGAAUAUAUUUAUUAGUAUACAAGAAAGAAAAAAAUAUAUUAAACUGGUAUUUGGUCUUAAUUGCCGUAGGCGUCACAUGCAAAAAGCAAUAUUUAUAUGUGGAUGAGUAAUUUUCGAGACCAAAACUAGUUUGUUUAUGAUUUUUGUUUUGUAAUGUUUUGGUUAUUCUGUUGCUCAGAGAUUGCGGGUGGUUGGUCUCA